AUUAUAGCGCCGCACGCGACUCGUCUUUUAUGUGGACUAUGUAAGAUAUAUAUAUCAUCUGUCACUCCCACCACUGUUUACACUAACAGAUCAUACCCCUUCCUCUAUCAUGUCCGUAAACAUGAUAGAUGCUAAAAAUCUGCUCGAAAUCCGUGGAUUCUACAGUCUUCCCCAUUGCCCGACAUACCUCCAGACGUCAGCCCUAAUCACAGGUCCUGCAAUAGAUCUUUACGAAGACGGCUACAAUGAUCCAGUGUAUCAGGCGAAAGCUCGCAUCUUGAAUCGUGCAAUUCAAGACAUUGGCAUGGGUAGAUAUCAGUGGUAUCUCUUCGUGGUCACUGGCUUUGGCUGGUUUGCUGGACUCAUCCUUACACCUGUUCUUCGAAUAUCGGUCUUCUCAGUCGGUGCCGUGUUUUGGGGUCUUGGAUGUGACAUCUGGGGAAGGAGGUGGUCUUUCAACAUCACAUUGUUUAUCGCUGGAAUAUUCGGGUUAGCAUCAGGUGGAGCCCCUAGUUUCGUUGCACUAGCGUCCUUGAUCGCUAUGGUUGGUGUCGGCGUGGGAGGCAACUUGCCAGUGGAUUCUGCUGUUUUUCUUGAUUUCGUUCCAGGUUCCCACCAGUACUUGCUCACCAUCCUUUCCAUCUGGUGGUGCCUCGGACAAUUGAUGUCCAGCCUCGUGGCUUGGCCUCUGAUCGCUAAUUAUUCCUGUGCAAGCGCCUCACACUGCACCAGAUCCGACAAUAUGGGAUGGCGUUACCUGUUAUUCAUCCUUGGCGGAAUCACUUUUUCACUGUGGGCCGUUCGGUUUUUCAUCUUCACGUUGUUGGAAAGUCCGCGUUUUCUCUCUGGCAUCGGUCGCGACGCUGAUGCCAUCGAGGUCAUCCACAAAUUGGCGAAAUUCAACGGAAAGAUAUCUCUCAUCACAAUAGAAGAGCUUGAAGCUCCCGACAGAGCAAUGUCAGGCGGACGUACACCCCCCGGGGAAAGGCACAACAUGUUCAGCAAGAGCUCAAAGUAUGACACUGGUCAUAUCAAAGCUCUCUUUGCUACUCCCAAAAUGGCUUGGUCGACUAGUCUCUUGAUUGCUAUCUGGGGUGUUAUCGGACUUGCCUCCACGCUGUAUAACAAUUUCCUGCCAUAUUUACUUUCCAGCCGUGGUGCUGUCUUCGGGGAUGGAUCCCUGUACAUUGCCUAUCGUAACCAAGCCAUUUUGAGUGUCAUUGGUGUCCCUGCUGCCUUGCUCGCCGGCUGGGCAGUAGAACUCCCAUACAUUGGGCGCAGGGGUACUCUUGCCAUUGCCUCAGGGCUCACUGGCGCGUUUUUGUUCGCGACCACCACCUCCCGGACAUCCAACCAACUCCUGGGGUGGAAUUGCGGAUAUGUGUUCUUCAGCAACAUUAUGUAUGGCGUCUUGUAUGCUAUUUCUCCUGAGAUCUUUCCUGCCAAAGAUCGCGGAACGGGGAAUGGUCUGACGUCCACAGCUUCGAGGGUGUUUGGCGUUUUGGCCCCCGUCAUUGCGCUAUAUGCUAACCUCGCGACGGCGGUACCUGUAUAUAUCGCUGGAGCUCUAAUAAUUUUUGCUGGUAGCCUGGCUAUCUUGUUGCCCUAUGAGCCCAGAGGAAAGGUUUCUAUCUAGUGUUUUUCAUUUGCGAUACCACGUUUAGAUUGCUCGUAGAACUUGAAUUGUAGGCUGUGUAUUAGAUUACAGUAACCUGAUCCAAAAGAUUGCUCUGAUACUUUCUCGAAUGUAGUUUGUGAACCGUCAGAGAGUAAGAUCUGUGCAAAGAACAUCGCACCUGUGUGACUUGGGAACGGAAGCAGGUUGUAGAAUGAAUCGUCG